CCAUAUUUUCCCCGCAGCCCGAAAAUGCUUGACAGUUCGUGUUUUUAUUUUCCCCAGUGUGUGAGUCUCAGUUGGCUUGCUGUAGAAAAAAGUAUCGGAAAACAUCCCCCCGUGUGUCCCAGGGUGGCCCCACGGGCGACUAUCCGGCAAUAGUGUGUGAUGCACGACGACGAGAGGUGCGAGCGAGAGACGCAAAAGCGGCUUUAGCCCACAGAAUUUUCUCAUCGUGCUCUUUUUCCUGUGUGCGUAGUCGAGUGAGUGUGGUGAUUACGGGCGCUUUAGGAGGUGGAAUUUCACACAAUUCUCGGAAGAAAUUGUUUUGAUCGCGAUACAAUGUUGUGAGGUGUCGCCCCGGAGAGUCCCCAGAACGCCCCGCAACACCUCAGCGGUCGCGCGCCCUCAGCGGAAGCGCAGCGCCCCAGCGACUCGAAACGUGUGUGUGAGGAAAAACAGUGACUGUGCGCCCCCUUUUCCGUCGCCCGGACAAUUUUCCGACCGUCCACGGGGGCGCGACGAGACGGGCGUUCUCCCCGUGUGCGGCGUGGCCAAAGUGCAAUUGCAUGGUGGGAUGUUUUGGAUUUUCACUGGCAUUUCCCUCAUGGGUGAAAAUAUGUCGCAUUUUCUUCAAUAAUAAAGAGAGAGGAUUCGUUCGUGGAAGUGCCGUGUAGAAGGACCAAAAAGUCAGUCACAAGCGAGUAUAUUUGGACGCGUGAGGGUCACAAAGUGUGGGCGAAGAGGAGAGCCUAAUUGAAUUGCAACCCAUGAUUGAAUUAAUUUAAAGGUGUAGUGAAAUAUUGGUAGAUUUGUAUCCUUGUGCUUAGUGUGUAAAGGCGUUUUUGUGGGAAAUUGUAGUAUAAGAUGUUAGUGAAAGUCGCUGAGCAAUGAAGAAGAGGAAAUUAAGUGCAAAUUCGUGUAGUGAAAAGUCAAGUGACUGCAAGUGGUUUCAUGAGGAUAUCGCUGCAAUGAUGGAGCGCGUGGCGGCCCCUCCGAAAGAUGGGGACACUAGUCUUGGGAGGGUUGAGUCCCGCGCGGACGACGGCGGGAGUAAUUUAAUUGGUAGUGAAAGUAGCUGUAGGAUGUAUAAAGUGCCAAAGUAUUUGCAUCAGGGAUUCAUCGAUAACUGUUCCAAUUGGCUCACGCGAGGCAGGACGACGAGGAGACUUUCGAGUUUUACAAAUCUUUUAGUAUUAUGUGUGUUUGUAUUGACACUCUCACUAUCCGUACAACAUGUACAUGGAGAUCAACUCCAGCCUGAAACUCAUAUGCCGUCAUCUAAUGAUACAGGAGUAUGCCAAAGCAUGGACAUCAGAAAUCAUCCGAAUCAGCUAGAACGUCUCAAGGAUUGCCGUGUCAUCGAGGGAUUCCUGCAGAUUCUGCUGAUUGAUCGCGUGAGGGGUUCUGACAAAGCAUUUGAGAAUUACACAUUUCCUAAGUUGACUGAAAUAACGAAUUACCUGAUGCUGUAUCGUGUCAAUGGCCUCAAAACACUCAGGAAACUCUUCCCGAAUCUGGCGGUGAUCAGAGGGAAUCAACUGUUUGUCAAUUAUGCCCUCAUUGUCUAUGAAUUGAUGGAUAUUGAGGAGAUUGGACUAAUUUCUCUCACGCACAUUGGACGCGGUGCUGUGCGAAUUCAGAACAAUCCAAGUCUCUGCUACGUUCACACCAUCGAUUGGACAGCCAUUGCAACGCAUACGGUCAAGGCUGAUCACUACAUAAAGGGCAAUAAUAAGGAAAAUCUGUGUCCAAUGUGUCCGGGAAGCAAGAGAGGCGAGCGGGAGGGCGACCAAGAAUCUCCUAAAUCAACACUAGAAUGCCCACGCAAAGAGCCAUUUCAUCGUCUCUGUUGGAAUAGUGAGAAUUGUCAGAAGACUUGUCCUGAUAUGUGUCGAAAUCACUACAACAGUUUGUCAUGCUCCAAUGAGGGCACGUGCUGCGAUCCAUCAUGUCUCGGUGGUUGUCACAAGUCUCAUCCGGAAUCGUGCAUCGUGUGUCGAUACUUCAGUCUCGGCUACGGAAAGGAUCGUAAGUGUGUGGAGAAAUGUCCUAAUGGAUACUAUACUCACAUGAAUCGGCGGUGCAUCUCGAAGCAGGAGUGUCUGAAUGUUACAAAGUCGCUGGACGUGCGGGAUGUGUCGAAGAUGUAUCCUUAUAUUCCGUUCAAUGGCACGUGCACACUGGAAUGUCCGACAAACUACUACAAGAUGGACAACGACACGAACAAUCGGACGUGCAUUCCGUGCAAUGGUCUGUGCCGGAAGACGUGCCAGGCGGCGAAGAUAGACAGCAUUUCGACGGCUCAACAGAUGCGCGGCUGCACUCACAUUGCGGGAUCACUGGAGAUUCAGAUAAUGAACCAAGGUGGAUUGAAUAUUGUGAAGGAGUUGGAGGAGUUUCUCUCAAAUAUCGAAGAAAUUGAUGGAUAUCUCAAGGUGGCACGGUCAUUCCCGCUGAUGUCACUCAGCUUUCUCAAAAAUCUCAAAGUCAUUCAUGGCAAAACACUCGAGUACAAUCGCAAUUCUCUUAUUGUCCUGGACAAUCCGAACCUUCAGUCACUGUGGAAUACAACAAAUCACUUGAAAAUUGAGAGAGGUCGAAUAUCAUUCCACUACAAUCCCAAGCUGUGUCUGUACAAAAUUGAGAAGCUGAAGACUUCCCUGCCCAUCACUGGGCGGGAUUUCUAUGAUGAGCAAGACGUGGCGAAGACGUCCAAUGGUGACAAAAUAGCCUGCAAUGUCACGAGAUUGAUUGUCAAUACGACAAAGAUUGAGGACAAUGGUGCAGUAAUUGAGUGGGAGCCGUUCCAAUUGGAGGACGACCGCGCUCUUCUCGGCUAUGUUGUGUCCUACAUUGAGGCGCCGUUCAAGAAUGUCUCCCUCUACGACGGCAGGGAUGCCUGCGGCUCUGAUGGGUGGAAAGUCGACGAUGUGGGACGCGACAGUGGUCGUCAGUCGUCGAUAUCCUACCUCUUGCCGCGACUGGAGCCCUACACGCAGUAUGCGUACUAUGUGAAGACCUACACCGUGGCGACGGAGAAAAUGGGCGCCCAGAGUGAUAUCAUCUACUUCCGGACACGCCCAGGACGUCCCGAGCAAGUGCAGCGGCUCCGAACGACAGCCAAUGGCACGUCGGAGAUCGUUGUUGAGUGGGAGCCACCGUCUAAGGCCAGGGGCAACUUGACGUCGUAUUGCAUCCUGGCGACUAUUUCCCAAGACAGCGCCGCACUUAGGUCUAAGAGGAAUUACUGUACUCAUGGGUUGAAGCCAGAGAGUGACUUGGCGGUUCCUCAGCUUCCGCCACAGAAGCCAACUUCGCCCACAACUAGUGACGAUCCGGAAAAGUGUGCCUGCACGAAGAAUGAGAAGCCAAAAUUAUCCGAGGCUGACGCUGAGAUUCAGAUCAGUUUUGAGGAUCAUCUUCAUAAUUAUGUCUACAUCAAGAAUCAAACGGUUUCUCCUACUUAUAGAAAAACCGGAUCACGAACGCGUCGAAGUGCUGCGUUCAAUGGCAACAAUUCCCUAACGCUGCCGGGAGAUAUAGGUCUCUUUCCCGAAGUGCUAUUUCCUGAGAAUAAGGAGACGGAGGACACUGGAAUUCCGGAGGAGAAGAAGAAGGACGUGAUGGAUGACAAUCAUGAGUACUUCAUACAAAUCUAUCGCGAACUCAAUGUCACGGAGACAAAGUAUGUCAUCAAGCAGCUAAAACACUACACACAGUAUAUCAUCUCGGUCAUGGCAUGUCGGGAAAUUGAGAAUGCUUAUACGGAUAGUGAGAAGGAGACGCCGAAUUGCAGCACAAAAGCCAUCGUGCAUCAGAGAACGGGAAAAAUAGGUGGAGCUGAUGAUGUGACGAAUGUUGCCAUUGACAAGAGCAAUAACAACACUCUGUUCAUAUCGUGGAAACCACCGAGGAAUCCCAACAGUCUUGUUCUCACGUACACGGUGCGCAUUCAGAAGGUUGAUGAUGUGAAUAGUAUGCGGAAAGCUGUGGAGCACUGCAUUCAGAAGGAGGAUUUCGAUAAGUCUAAUGGCACCUUCAAGCUGACGAUGCUUGAGCCCGGCAAUUACAGCAUUCAAGUGAUGGCAACGUCUCUGGCAGGCGAUGGAAAUGCAACAGAGCCUCACUAUGUUACCAUCGAUAAGGAGACAAACAACACAACGAUGUACAUCUUAGUGACUAUCAUACCGAUAUCGCUAUGCAUCCUGGGCGUUGCCGUGUGGCUGUAUUACAAGCGUAAUAUGCGGAAUGUGCCGGACUUGAAGCUGAUCGCCACUGUGAAUCCGGACUACGUCAGCAUGCAGUACACGCCGGACGAGUGGGAGAUGCCGCGGGAGAAUAUCACGCAGCAGCGAGAGCUGGGCCAGGGCUCGUUCGGCAUGGUGUACGAGGGUACAAUAAGCAAGCUGGAGAAGUACGGAGAGAACGUGAAGUGUGCCAUUAAGACGGUGAACGAGAACGCGACUGAUCGCGAGAGGAUGAAUUUCCUGAAGGAGGCAUCAGUGAUGAAGGCCUUCGACACGCACCACGUGGUGAGGCUUCUUGGUGUUGUGUCGCGUGGACAGCCAACUUUGGUGAUCAUGGAGCUGAUGGCGAAGGGUGAUCUCAAGGGAUACCUGAGGUCGCACAGGCCGGAUCCGGAGGCCAUCAAGACGGGCCAGAGUCCACCACAACCACCAACAUUGAAGCGUAUACUUCAGAUGGCCAUUGAGAUUGCCGACGGCAUGGCGUACUUGGCAGCUAAGAAAUUCGUCCAUCGCGACUUGGCGGCGAGGAAUUGCAUGGUGGCGGAGGACUUGACGGUGAAGAUUGGCGACUUCGGCAUGACCAGGGAUAUUUAUGAGACGGAUUACUACAGGAAGGGAACCAAAGGUCUUUUGCCCGUUCGCUGGAUGUCUCCGGAGAGUCUGAAGGAUGGCGUGUUCACGAGCAGCAGCGAUGUGUUCAGCUAUGGUGUGGUUCUGUGGGAGAUGGCGACGCUCGCAUCGCAACCAUAUCAGGGCUUAUCUAAUGACCAGGUUUUGCGGUACGUGAUCGACGGAGGGGUGAUGGAGAGGCCGGAGAAUUGCCCGGACAAGCUCUAUCAUCUCAUGCGCGAUUGUUGGCAGCACAAACCCAAUCUCCGGCCGUCGUUUAUGGAAAUUGUCUCGGGCUUACUUGAGGAUGCGCAUGUGAAUUUCACCAAGGUCUCCUUUUACCACUCCGACGAGGGAGUCGAGGUGCGACUGCAACUGGAGUCUGCAUCGCAAGCACUGGCGGAGAAUCGGUCAGAUGAUGUCACAACGCUUUUGAGACGCGACGAAGAGGCACUUAGCAUAGAUGAUGACCACGAUACCGAUGAGAAUUUCUUGAUGGAGCGCCCACGAAGUCACCAACUCAUUACGAGCGCAAGUUCAUAUCCAAAGAAGAAGCAGCAACACUCUCCGCUCAGGUGAAAAUUUGUACAGGAAGGCGUGCAUCAGUAGUUCCGCAGGAGAGAGAGAGAGA